AUGUCUGACACCGACACACGCUACGCUAGGCACAUCUCAGUGGGUGACACCAAUGACGGCGGCAUCUCCCUAUGGCUCCCGAAAAUCGGCAACCGAACAAUGGAAACCGUCAACCAGUCUUUGGCUGAUGGAUUCCAAAAAGUCACAGCAAGAGAGGUGCUACCAGAAGUGUCACCGCUUGCGCCUCCGGACGCCCUGCCAGCCACAUGCGCGUGUGGGACCGUCAGCUUUCACAUCACCCGCCCGAAUGAAGAAAGUUACAUCCCUCAUUCCGGCUACCCGGAUCUGCAGUACGCUGCAUGUUCGCAUUCCUCGGAGUUUAUGGCCAAUCCAAACCGCGAUAAGUGGUGGAUUCGCGCAAAUGGCACAAAGUACCUCGCAGGAACAUGCGCAUGCCGCUCUUGUCGACUCAUCUCCGGCUUCGAAAUCCAGACCUGGACCUUCGUCCCUCGAAGCAACAUCUUCUUUCACGUCGCUGCUUCCAACGGGGAACAGACGAUCACGCCUCUUGACUUUGGGACACUUCCGUCUGGCAUUCUGCAAACCUACGAAUCUUCCCCCGGCGUACAUCGUGAGUUUUGUGGUACAUGCGGCGCGACGGUCUUCUGGCACGACAAAUGGCGACCUGACGUCAUCGACGUCAGCGUUGGGUUGCUACGGGCCAAAGAAGGCGCAAGGGCGGACACGUGGCUGGACUGGUGGACCCGCCGUUGCAGCUUCGAGGAGGAGACCACCAGCGGUCGAACAGGAGAGCCCGCGCGGGUAGCACGAGAGUUGAUUGACGGUCUAGAACGCGGCCUGCGCUCAGGGGACAAACGGGAGUUGAAUGAGGGUAACCGGUGA